GUAAGUCUUGUUGUCCUGUCGGCUUGUUUUAGGUUUAUUUUUGUGAAAUCGUGAAUUUGAUUUCACUGAAAAAGUAUUAUUUAUAAAUAAAAAACUGAUUUAGUCACAUUACAAUGGUUGUAAGGCAAUAUAAUGAAGAACUGAAAUACUUGGAGAAAAUAAACCCAUAUUGUUGGAGAAUAAAAAAGGGUUUCCAACCUAACAUGAAUGUGGAAGGAGUCUUCUACGUUAAUAAUACUUUGGAGAAACUUAUGUUGGAUGAGUUAAGAAACGCUUGCAGACCUGGUAUGACCGGAGGAUUUCUUCCUGGUGUGAAACAAAUUGCUAACGUAGCGGCGUUGCCGGGUAUUGUUGGUCGAUCUGUCGGCUUACCAGAUGUCCACUCAGGAUACGGCUUCGCUAUAGGAAAUAUGGCUGCAUUUGACUUAGCAGACCCUAAAUCAAUAGUUUCCCCAGGUGGAGUUGGUUUCGAUAUAAACUGUGGAGUCAGGCUAUUGAGAACUAAUUUGCAUGAAAAAGAUGUACAACCAAUUAAGGAACAACUAGCACAAAGUCUUUUUGAUCACAUUCCUGUGGGGGUGGGAUCUAAAGGAAUCAUUCCUAUGAACGCUCGUGACUUGGAAGAAGCUCUAGAAAUGGGUAUGGAUUGGUCCCUACGAGAAGGGUACGUCUGGGCUGAAGACAAGGAGCAUUGUGAGGAAUAUGGUCGUAUGUUAAAUGCAGACCCAUCAAAGGUCAGCCUUCGCGCCAAGAAAAGGGGCCUGCCGCAGCUGGGAACACUUGGAGCUGGAAAUCAUUAUGCAGAAAUACAAAUAGUUGAUGAAAUAUAUGACAAGUAUGCUGCUGGUAAAAUGGGACUUGAAAGAGUUGGCCAAGUGUGUGUCAUGAUUCAUUCUGGCAGCAGAGGAUUUGGCCACCAGGUUGCUACAGAUGCUCUUGUACAAAUGGAAAAAGCUAUGAAGAGAGAUAAGAUAGAAACAAAUGAUAGACAAUUAGCUUGUGCCAGGAUAAAUUCUGUAGAAGGCCAGGAUUAUCUGAAAGCAAUGGCUGCUGCAGCUAACUUUGCAUGGGUUAAUCGCAGUUCAAUGACAUUCUUAACUCGCCAAGCAUUUGCAAAACAAUUUAAAAUGGCCCCAGAUGAUUUAGAUAUGCAUGUUAUCUAUGAUGUAUCUCAUAAUGUAGCAAAAAUUGAAGAACACAUUGUUGAUGGAAAGCAGAAAACUUUGCUAGUCCAUCGAAAGGGAUCCACUAGAGCUUUUCCUCCACAUCAUCCUCUUAUCCCAGUAGAUUAUCAAUUGACUGGUCAGCCAGUACUUAUUGGAGGCACUAUGGGAACAUGCAGCUAUGUUCUAACAGGAACUCAUCAAGGAAUGACUGAAACAUUUGGAUCUACAUGCCAUGGAGCAGGUCGCGCAUUAUCAAGAGCCAAGUCAAGGCGUAAUUUAGAUUACAAAGAUGUUCUAAAUAAACUAGAGACCCUGGGAAUUUCUAUAAGAGUUGCUUCUCCUAAAUUAGUGAUGGAAGAAGCUCCGGAAUCAUAUAAAAAUGUAACAGAUGUUGUUAAUACCUGUCAUGCUGCAGGUAUAAGUAAGAAGACUGUGAAAUUACGGCCAAUUGCAGUUAUUAAGGGCUAAAUUUAGUUACUUAUUUAAACAUAACACAAUCUAAGUUUUCCAUAAUAAUAAAUUGAUGUAUUUUGUAUUCAGGAAAAUAAUAAUUAUGCUGUGCAUUCCAAAAUCU